AUGGAUUUUCAACAUCGUCCCGGCGGAAAGACUGGUACAGGUGGCGUUGCUUCAUGGUCUGAUGCCAACCGGGAUCGCCGAGAGCGACUGCGUCAGUUGGCGUUGGAGACCAUUGAUCUUAAUAAGGAUCCAUAUUUUAUGAAAAACCACCUUGGCGGUUACGAGUGCAAGCUUUGUUUGACUUUGCACAACAAUGAAGGAAGUUACCUGGCGCAUACUCAAGGAAAGAAGCAUCAGGCCAACUUAGCUCGUCGUGCUGCAAAAGAUGCCACUGAUUCUCCCGGUGGUAUUGCAUUGCCAGAAAAACCUAGAGUCGAACCUAAAAAAUUCGUCAAGAUCGGAAGACCCGGAUACAAAGUGACCAAACAAAGAGAUCCCAUGACUGGCCAACAGAGCUUGUUGUUUCAAAUCGACUAUCCGGAAGUUACCGACGGAGUGACUCCAAGACAUCGUUUCAUGUCUGCCUAUGAACAGAAGAUCGAACCACCGGAUAAACGCUGGCAGUACCUGCUGUUCGCAGCUGAACCUUACGAAACUAUAGCGUUCAAAAUUCCUAGUCGGGAAGUAGAUAAGAACGAGGGCAAAUUUUGGACAUUAUGGAACAAAGAAACGAAACAGUUUUUCCUUCAGUUCGCAUUCAAAAUUGAACUGCGCGACAACAAACUUCUUGAACUUCAUUCAGCUAUCGCAACCAAUCGUCUACCACCUGUAUUCCAGCUGCGCACCCCGGCACCUGUUCCUCCUCCACCCGCACGCAUUCUUCCCCCGACCGGUGUUCCGCCUCCAAUGGUCACUUCGUUUAUGUAA